CUCAACCGCAACGAUUUACAAGAUGGCUAUAAGCUUCCCGUCGCGAAGCGUAUGCGAGGCAGACUUUUUUUUCAGUCCUAAGCCAAAUGCUCUUCCAUCAGAACUGUCUUUACUCUGCGCGGCUAGUGUUCACAUCCUUCUUUUCCAGCAUUUGUCCCUUCCCCUGUGUAUAUCGUCCUAGACCGCCGUCCCGCCGCUUAGUAUGCUACUACUUAGGUGCGCCACCGCCCAGGUGUGCUAUAUCAACAGCAUGGAGUCCAUAGAAGCCUGGCAGGAGGACGUGAAGAAGAAGAAAGAUGACCUAUCCCUUGUGUUCCAAAGGCUCGGACGGAAACAGCGCCGUUCAGAUCAGUCUGCAACGACCCUGAUCACCAUCCAGGAGGCCCUCGAUGUCCAAGAUUUCGAUGUUUUUGAAGCCUCUGUCGACCGCCUUUGUUCUCACUAUGAGAAUAACGGAGCAACAAAGCUGUUCAAUCGAUACCUUUAUCCACACUUCGGCCACAUCAAGUCCUUUUCACAAGCGAUCGGUCAAAUGACCCAGGAUCAGGAUGCGACAUCACUUUGCUGGGGCUCCAUCCUUACUGUCAUCCAGUGCGCUUGCCAGACCACGGAAAACGCGGAAGAGAUCCUUGGACAGCUCACCAACCUACAACAGCUCCUGCCCGAUUGCCAAAAGGACAUAGAUCUCUACCCAGGGAGCUCAAGGCUCAAGUUCAUACUCGGUGAUAUCUACGAGAACUACCUGGAGUAUUGCAUCGUCAUCUUACGCAGCAUGACACGCAACGCUUUCGCUCAAACAAUUCGCAACUUGUUCUCGUCAUCCCUUCGCUGUGACCUCAAAAAACUAAAUGGGAAAGCCAAGAGCAAUAGCGAUGCAUGGGACAACGCCGUAAACCGAGAAGAGCGCGUUAGGGCCGACCAGAUGCGCAAACAGCUAACGCACACCCAGAGCCAUAGUUCAACUGCGCCCGGCCCAACCUUCCCACUGCAUACCGUCUACAUCCAGGAAAAGAAUGACUUCUUUGGCCGUGAGGCGGAGCUUGACACGUUGUAUAAGAUGCUCGUGGAGAAUCAUACCGAGUCAAAGCCAAUCUCGUGAGCUAUCCAAGGCAUAGGAGGCAUAGGCAAGACAGAGAUGGCUGUUAUGUUUACUUACAAAUACAGGAAAUACUUCGACGCUGUCUUCUGGGUGAGCGCCUACCCGCCGAAGGAGACGGAGGUUCUAAGGACGUUUGGUGCGAUCGGCAGGAAACUAGGGCUCUUCAAAACGGAGGAAGUCGACCAGGCUCAGGUCGAGAUCAUACUCCAUUGGCUUCAAACGGCAGAUCAUCGCUGGCUCCUAGUCUUUGACAAUGCCGUGGACUAGGAAAAGGUCUCUAGGUUUUGGCCUGUCACGUCUCGGCA